CUUGUAGUCACAGGCGACAAAAAGGAAUUGCAGAAAAAUAUUUGCCCGGUAACAGAAACUAAUCGACCCAUUAAAUGUCCUAGGAGUACCAAGACUUUGAUUAAACCAGGGCAUGACGCAGAAUGCGUGUUAACCAUCAAAAAUGAAAAGACCGCUGAAAAGGAUGUUGAUAGGAAACGUCUGUCAAAGAACAGCACCGAUUCGGACUUUGAGAUUUCAACUAUGCCUCAACCGACGCUGGCUAGAGCGCGUUUCCGAGAUCGAAGUCCUUACAGGCAGACGAGUGGAAAAACCCAUGACAACAACAGCACCAUCACCACCAGUAACAACAAUACUUCCCAAUCACUGAACAGAGACUCGGCAAAACGUAGAAAGGCGCCCAAGGACAGUGAUGACAGCCUGCUGGAUAAUGCUUUAGAACUGAAACGAGAACUUACAGAAGUGGAGAUUGUGAGUAACGAGGAGAAGUUGGAGAGCUACCUGAAAGAAUGCCUGACGGAGUGCAGUAGGCAGCGCCUGAGAGCGAUUCAUAUGAGCAUGAGAAGGCUGGGGAAUGUUGAAUCCAGGAUCUCACUCAAAGAUCUUCAUCAGGCUUUCCAGGAGAACUCAGUGAAGCUGUCAAACCGAGUGUUCAAUCUGAUCACGGAGACGUUUGUAGACCAUCUGGGGAUAGACUACGAGAUGCUACACCGGUCAAUGAUGAGAGCCCAGCUUCUCACCAGACGAGACAGUGUGGAGGCCAUGUUAACUCAGAACAACGAAGACUCUCGGCCGGAGAGUCCUCGUGAGGAGCGAGACGCCGACUAUCUCCACAGGCUGGAAGAACAACUUGUCUUGGAUCAAUCCUUCUUUGAUCUGGAGGAAUUGCAGAAGUCUUUCCAAGAAAAGGACAAAAACAACUCCGGAAGGAUUUCCAAAGAAGAGGUCUAUAGAUCAUGUUCAGACGUCCAUAUUCCUUUGUACGGAGCAUUGCUAAAGAAUUUAGUGACCCACUGUGACGGAGGCCAACCGGACACCGUCAACUGGCAUGAAUUUGUGAGUUACUUGGACAAGUCUCAAAAGUCAGCCAUCUCAAAACAUCCAGAAAUGGCGGCACUUCCGGAGAGAGCAAAGCUCAAACAAAUGGCAUCACCGCUAGACUUAAUGGACCCUGAGAAGAAAUCAAGGAUUGUUAAGACUUUGCUGAAGAAGGUGUCGGAGAGCAGGGUGAACGUGUUUGCUGCUAACACGGAUUUGGCUGAACAGGAAACCGAGAAGGCGUCGCCGAAAACUGAAAACGAAUCCAAAACUGAUGACGUCGCAGUUUCUAUUGAAAACGAGACUUCUAGCAACGCGCAAGAGAUGGCAAGUGAAAGCAAGAAACGAGAGUCUGACUUGGAGGAGACCAUCGUUGAGAUGGAUCAGCCUACAGACUUGACAAUGGACGAGACAAGUCUACAAAACGACGCAGAAAACGCCAAUCAAACUGACACUCUGGCAGAUUCCUACGUGACCUUGAGGAUAAAGGGUAAAGAUGUGACCUUGAGAAAACCAGCUGGCUACAACGUGGAAAAUGCCAGCGUGGACUUACCGCCUGAACAUCUGGAAAUAGACUGGGUUUACGGUUACCGUGGAAACGACUGCCGGAGUAACCUUUAUGUCCUGUCCAAUGGGGAGAUAGCCUAUUUCACGGCCAGCAUAGCGAUAUUGUAUGACAGAGAUGCUCAUUCGCAGAGACAUUAUCAGGAACACACAGAGAGAAUAAAGAGCAUGGCUGUUCAUUCUGAUGGUGUUACCAUAGCUACAGGGCAGGUUGACAGUAAAGCAGAAUCGUCAAGUGAGGCUCACGUAAGAAUAUGGAGAGCUGACACUCUGGACACACUCCACGUCUUAGGCAUUGGACUAUUUGAGAAGUCUGUCAUGUGUUUGUCUUUUCCAAAGGUUAAGCGGUCCCCGACACCACCGAUGUCGGAAACGGACGAUGUCAAACUUUUCAAUCCCGAGGAUCAGCUCGUUGCCAUUGACAAUGGACCCGAGAAAAACAUCACUGUAUGGGAUGUUUCCAGUGGAGAGAUGGUCGGAAAGGAAACGCUGGAGGCGGAGGUGAUAUGCGAUGUGGAGUUUAACCCUAAAUAUCCAGACACAUUCGUGACGAUUGGGAAGGAGCACAUUGCCUGGUGGAAGGUUAACGGGGAAACCAACUCUCUAGAGCUGACCCAGCAGCCGUUAUUCGACAAUUACAUGAAAGCCAAGUUUGUGGUGUGUCUAACUCACAACAGUAAGGGGGACCUGAUUACUGGUGAUUCUAACGGGACAGUUUACAUGUGGGCUGAUGGCAGGAACAAAAUCACAAACUUCAUCAAGCACGCACAUGAUGGUCCCGUAUUCUCCUUAUUGCUCCACAAGAAUGUGCUACUGACCGGAGGGCGGGACAGCGUAGUAAGAAGCUGGCAGUGUGGUAAAACCAUGGAACCGCUACAGACGUGUGAGAUACCCAAGACGGAUGGAGGUAUUCGAACUUUGGUAGCUCACAGAAACAGUCUGCUGAUGGGGACGACGACUAACGCCAUACUGAGCGGAGAAAUGUCACCACAUGAUCCCACACCGCUGGAGAAAAUGAAACUCGACGAAAUACCAAUAACUCAGGGUCAUUACGGAGAUUGCCGAGGACUGACGGUUACUGGCGAUGGCAAACAACGAGGUCAUUUCCUCACGACGGCUUUGGACGGAAUCAGCUGUGUUUUUUCUGCGGAGAAACAUGAACCUGUGUGGAAACUUGUGAUGAAGGGAACCCCAUUCCACACGGUUGACGCCAGUCCUAUGGGGAAUCUGUUAGCUUUCGGCACAAAAGAUGGCCAUUUGUUGAUUUUGAAUAUUCUUGAAGAUCACAGUUUUCAAGAGCAAUAUCGUCACAGAAUAACCAAAGAGAAAGUGACUUGUGUGAAAAUAGCUCCAGACACAAACAUGGUGGCGGCUGGAUGCGCAGACAAGACGGUGUGUAUAUACCGGAAACAGAUUAAAGACGAUGGUAUGGUAUUGUGGGAACUGCAAGGAAAAUGUAGGGGCCAUCACGGAAGUAUCAGCUCCAUUGAUUGGUCAACAGAGAUGAGUGAUGACAGCUACUUCCUGCGGACUAGCUCCGUUGCCCCGGAACAACUCUUCUGGAAAGUGAAAUCGCUAGAGAAGAUCGAAAAUGUGGAAGACAUCCAGCAUAUUUGUUGGGCCUCCAAUCUGUGUACACUGGACCUUUCAACCGUCGGUUUGUGGAGUUCCACCCAAGCUGAUGAAGGCGAGGUUAAUGCUGUGGAUGUCAAUCCCGCAAAAACUCUGGUUGCUAUGGGAGAUAGCAGCGGUUACGUCAGUCUGUUCAAGUACCCGUCUUGCCGACAGGGGGCAUUCAGUCAUACAUACAAGGCUCAUCAAUCUGUCCACGCUCUACGAUUUGUUGGUGACGGCAAGCACCUGGUGUCACUAGGAGGCGCUGAUUCAUGCAUCAUCCAGUGGAAGAUCGUGUAAAGUCUCUUGGGUAUU